AAGACGAACCAGAGAGCAUUGACCUGCUGAGUGGACUAAAGAUGGGGGAGCAAGGUGGUUGGCUGGAGGAUGACAGAGGAGACUGGGCGGCCAUCUUGGAUUCACAGACCCAGACGGAUGCAGCUAAGGGCCCGCGGGACAACAUAGUGGAGGUCAGUGGAUGGGACAGCGUCCUCAACUCUGGGCUGGGGAACAACACUGUUAACCAGAAACAGACAGUCGAACACAAAACCACGUCUGAAUUUAGUCUCCAUGACAACAGACUGGCUGAGACCAGGGUGAGGCGUAGAUUUGGUCUGCAGGGACGGGGAGGUGUCCCUAUGCGGCAGGAGAAAACAGACACAGAUGCGGCUAGCGAAGCUCCGUCCUGCUCCUAUAAUUGUGAUUCAGAGAGACUGAUGGUGCCUCAGGUUAACCCCCUAACAGGUACUGCCUUCAGCCUGCCUUCUAUAGGAUCUAUCAACUGGAACAUGGACCCUGCGACAACACAGACACUCCCUGGCCUUCAUCCUCCUCACACUCUCCUUAUGUUAAACCAGAACUCAGACAAUGCCAGUGCCUCAACACUAAAUGGCUACACAAGCCCAUUGACAAAUGACAGUAGUAGUGACGCUGUCAGUAGAUCCGGUGGCAAGGAGAAGCAGUUUUCGUAUUCUUUUUGUGGGAAAGCCUUCAAUUUACCCAAACAGGUGCAGCUCGACCAGAGGAUGCACACGGGGGAGAAAUCGUUUGGCUGCCACCUGUGCCAUGCCAGUUUCUCCCGCUCGUUCAACCUGAAGAGGCACCAGAGGGUCCACACAGGGGAGAAAACCUACAGCUGCCCCCAGUGUGAGAAGCGGUUUUCCCACCAGCACCACCUGAAGCGGCACCAGAGAGUCCACACAGGGGAGAAAUCCUACAGCUGCCCCAGUGUAAGAAGAGGUUCUCCCACCAGUACCAUCUGAAGAUGCAUCUUAAGGUCUAUACGGGAGAAUGUUUGCCUAUACUCACUGCAGGAAGAGGUUCUCAGAGAGGAGCUACCUCAGGAUACACCAGCAGAAAAUGCACACGGCCCAUGUAUAGAGUAUAGUGACAUGUAGCACUAGUUUGUUUGUUUGUAGUUAAUUCUGUUGGUUUUGGAUGUAUUAGGGAACUGGAUGAGGUGAACUGAGGAAAGAAUGAGUAUGGUGACAUAAACCCCACUGAUCUCAUGAUCCUUAUUAAUACAUACCCCAGUUCUUACUCCCAGUCCCCUCCUGACCUCAUCACUAACUGCAAUGACUGCCUUUUUCCCUGGAUACCCUCACUCCCCUCAAAACCCGCUCAGUCUCCUUCACCCACCCUGCUCCCUGGUACACCCCCGAGCUACGCCAGUUAAAAGCCAGUGGACGUCUGCAAGGGGACUGGUCUAGUAGUUCAUUCUCAAACAUACAAAGAUCACCUGUUAAAAUAUGAGAACGCCCUCUCAGCUGCAAGAACAUUUUACUACUGCAACAUCAACUCUGUUUAAAAACAACCCAAAAGUUAUCUUCUCCACAGUGAACCGCCUACUUCAGUCUCCUGACAACUUCCCUGCAGACUCCUCCCCCAAACAGUGCAACAAGUUCCUGAAAAUCCAUGACAUUCACCAACACCUACUUACAAUGCCCAGUACAACCUCAGCAUCACCAUAGAUCGUUUUUACGGUCCCUCUGUCAACACAAGUCAAAAGCCUUGGGGUCACUUUGGACCGAAACCCUCAUCCAUGCCCUCGUCACUUCCCGUUUGGACUAUUGCAACACUCUCCCUCCCAAACUCACCAACAGACUUCAACUGGUCCAGAACUCUGCUGCCAGAAUCCUCACCCAGAUCAACCGAUCACAUUAUACCAAUCCUCAUCAAUCUACACUGGCUCCCUGUGCAAUCCCGUAUUAACUUCUAAGGUACUCCUCCUCAUCUACAAAGCCCCCCACAACCUGGCACCCACCUACCUCUCUGACCUUCACCCAGCACAUGCCCCCUCUGCUCCACCUUUUUACAUGUCACCCCCCCCCAUUCACAGGUCAAAUAGAGGGUGCUUAUAUUUGUCCUGUUUCACUGUAUGUAUUAGUGGUUAACCAGUGUGAGAUGUGAAAUGGAAAUGUGUGUUUUUUUUUAUUUCCCAACGCCCUCAGACACCCUGGGAGAGUGUCACGGGGAGGGAUGAGCCAUUAUUGACGGCGAUACUGGAGCAAUUAGGGUACAUUGACAGAUGUUUUAUCUAGUUUGCUCAAGGAUUGGAACCAGCGACAUUUUCGGUAACCAGCCCAAUUCUCUUAACCGCUAGGCUACCUGCCGCCUCUCCACCAUAGUUGCCUGAACCUUCAACUGCUCUGCACCAGGCUCUGGAAUGCACACACCCCAAACAUACAACAUGCAGACUCAGUCAUCUCAUUCAAAAACAUCCUAAAAACUCACCUCUUCAAGGAUGCCUAUAACCUAUAGCCUAUCAUUGACUCUGUCCUACCUAACCCCCCCCACCCCGUGUCUUCUCAGUAUACCUACAGUGCCUUCAGAAAGUAUUCAGUUCACACCACUUGAUUUUUUUCCACAUGU